UAUUUGCCGACGCGCAGUGGCAUUGUUCUAGACUGCUCCACGAUCAGGGCCAUCUUUGGUCGUCCUCGCCGGUGACAGUGUGGACUGUGUAUUCCAUUGGCCAUUUAUACCCAAUGAUUAAUAAAUAAUAUUUUACUUUGAAGAGCAAUUUAAAGGACCUGUGCAGAGACAGUGAGAGACAGUUACCCGGUUUGUGGACUAACCAAUUUUAUUUGCUUUCAAUACCCUUCAUUUCUCAAGGCAAAAAGAGGGCGAGACGGGAGAGGCGGUGAGACAACAUGGAUGAGGAAUAUGAUGUGAUCGUUUUGGGCACCGGACUCACAGAAUGCAUUCUGUCUGGGAUCAUGUCCGUGAAUGGCAAGAAGGUUCUGCACAUGGACCGAAACCCCUACUACGGUGGGGAGAGCUCUUCCAUUACCCCCCUGGAGGAGCUGUACAAGCGCUUCAGUCUGCCAGAUACCCCACCUGAGUCAAUGGGCAGAGGACGUGACUGGAACGUUGACCUCAUACCCAAGUUUCUCAUGGCCAACGGUCAGCUUGUAAAGAUGCUGCUAUACACAGAAGUGACACGGUAUCUGGACUUUAAAGUAGUGGAAGGCAGCUUUGUCUACAAAGGAGGAAAGAUCUACAAGGUGCCAUCAACUGAGACUGAGGCACUAGCUUCAAAUCUGAUGGGAAUGUUUGAAAAGAGGAGGUUUCGAAAGUUUUUAGUCUUUGUGGCCAAUUUUGAUGAGAAUGACCCCAAGACCUUUGAGGGCGUGGACCCUAAAACCACAACGAUGAGGGACGUUUACAAGAAGUUUGACCUCGGUCAGGAUGUCAUUGACUUCACUGGCCACGCCCUGGCCCUCUACAGGACAGAUGACUAUCUUGAUGUUCCUUGUUUGGAGACGAUCAACCGUAUCAAACUCUACAGUGAAUCACUGGCACGGUAUGGCAAGAGCCCUUAUCUCUACCCCCUCUAUGGUCUGGGAGAACUGCCACAGGGCUUUGCCAGGUUGAGUGCAAUCUAUGGAGGAACCUACAUGCUGAACAAACCUGUGGAUGAGAUCGUGAUGGAAGGUGGUAAAGUGAUUGGAGUAAAGUCUGAGGGCGAGGUGGCUCGUUGUAAGCAGCUCAUUUGCGACCCUAGUUACAUCCCAGACCGUGUCCGUAAAGCGGGUCAGGUGAUCCGUGUGAUCUGCAUCCUCAGCCAUCCCAUCAAAAACACUAAUGAUGCCAACUCCUGUCAGAUCAUCAUUCCUCAGAAUCAGGUUAAUCGCAACUCAGACAUCUAUGUGUGCAUGAUCUCCUAUGCUCACAACGUGGCGGCCCAGGGGAAGUACAUCGCUAUUGUCAGCACCACAGUGGAAACCAGUGAACCUGAGAAUGAAAUUGAGCCAGCUCUGGAGCUGCUGGAGCCCAUCGACCAAAAGUUUGUGGCUAUUAGCGACCUUUAUGAGCCCACAGAUGAUGGUACUGAGAGCCAGAUCUUCGCAUCAAGGUCCUACGAUGCCACCACUCACUUCGAGACCACUUGCAAUGACAUCAAGGACAUCUACAAACGUACGACCGGGAGCGACUUUGACUUUGAAAACAUGAAACGCAAACAGAACGAUGUGUUUGGGGAGGAUGAGCAGUGAGCUAGAGAGGGGGGCUUCUGAGAGAGGGCAAGGCUGGGAAAGGAGGUGGAUGCAAAACUGGAGGCAACGGGGCUUUCAGUAGAGGGCCGGGGCUGCCUAAACAGUGCUUUAAAAGCAAAAUGGGUAAAAUGUGAGAGUGGUGGAGAGGGUGUGCGUCUGAGCCUCUGAGCCCGUCUUCAGCCGUUUGCCUCCACCUCCUCGUGUCGCUCUCUCUCGCCCUCUCUUGGCACGCAUUCAGACACAUAAAUGCUCACAGACACACACAUACACGCUUUUCAAAUGCUCACAUUCCCUUUCUCUGUCACUGAAAAGCAGGGUUGAUAUGGUUUUUCAUUCCAUUGUAGAAUUUACAGUAUAAUCAUGUCUUAACUAUUAUCAUUAGAGGUGAAUUUAUUACUUGUUGUUGGCAAUUUCCAAAGCAUUUCAUUCCUCCUGUAACAUCGUUCUCCUCAUAUCAGAGGUUGGGUCGAUGGAAGGUUGAUGGCACCGAGAGGUCUCAACAGAUAGCUCUGACAUGAGAGAUGUGUAACGGCUUAGUGUAGAAUCCUCUGGAAGGGUCACCUCCAGUGGACGUGCAUGCAUCUUUUACACACAGUAGUAUUGUACAUAGAUUCAAAUGACACUGCGGUAUGAAGGCUGGACCAUUCCACGCAUCACUCCUGUCAACCCUGCUUUCACUUUUCUCUUACUUGGUCUUUUACCUGUGUUUCUUCAAUAGAUGCCGCUCAUUUUGGCAAAAUCUGUUGGUCGGGCAAAAACAGAAAAAAAACAAAACAAAAAAAUGUGAUGAAAAGUUACAUAUAAAUGGGCUGUUCUGUCAGCUGAUAGUGCUCACUUUGCAAUGCUGUUGUGUUUCCUGUGCUAGCAGGCAAGCUAAUCAGUGGCUACUAACUGUCAACCCUUCCCUCCUGAAAAAGAAAAACACAAAAAAAGUUUCUUUGUUUAUCUCUGUUGUGUGAUGUCACUUUUGAAUUUGAAUAGUUUACUUUCUAACAUUUUAAAUUAUUGAAGAGUUUUAUUUCUAUAUGCUUGGUGCACAUUUCACUGGCUGAAGUUAUGAAGUUUACAGAGCAGAGGAUGAAACCGUGGUCUUCGAGUUGAACAUUUACAAGAAAAAGGGAACAUUGGGGCAAAAGGGCAUGGUGAGGAUUUGUCUUGUGUUAGGUGAGGGUUUCUGUGAAGAGAUCUGGAAGAUUUUUGAAAUGGUGAAGGAUAAGAAUGUAUGUGAGGAGAUUGUUGUCUUGGCGAAGUUUCACUUGCGGGGGAAGAGAGUGAAGACUGAAAUUUCGGCUCUCAGUGGAAGCACCAGAUUGUGUCUUGGUUGUUUCAACCCUUGUGUUUGUCAUUGAGAUAAGUCAUUACCCUUGGGAUUAAAACUCAGAAAAAAAUUGUAGUGUGACAUAGAGGGAAAAGCAAGAAAUUUUCAAAAGACUGUAGCAUAGCAUAAGUAUGAAACCACAGUUCCAAGUGCCGCCCCAUGAGAGUGAACCAAGAUGCUUUUAUUUGGUUGUAGCCUUCAUUUUGGGUCUAAUUCAAAUGUUUGGACCCAUUCAAAACAUUGACUGCUUUGUUUUUACUAACAUGUAGUGGGAGGCCAGUCUUGUGCCAAAACUGGUGAUUCUGUUAUUGGCAAAGCUCGCUGACAUUAAAAGUUUGGUGGUGUAUGUUGCUCUGCAGAGCUGGCUGAACACUAUAGAGAGGAUGCUGUUUCCUACCGAGUCAGAGGUGUUAUUGUACACCUGAGACAGUUCCUCAUAUCUCUACAGUGCACACUCGCAGUCAGAUUGAUCUGUGGCUUGGCUCGUUAUGGAUCAAAACAAACACGAGAUGCUACGAUCCAUUUUACUUUACUGAAAACUGAAGCGGUUCCAUUUCACUUUAUCCACCGCGACCAACCCCUUGACAACUCUAAACAAAGUUAUCGCGUCUGGGGUGUUGAUGUGUCUUAUCUUUGAGCUCUAUUUAUUUGAAUUUCGCUGACGUAUCGUGGAAGGGUUUACGUCAAAUGCUGAAUAUGCUAUGCUAAUAGUUUACGUUCUGAUGAUAAAAUGGAUUUAAAACGUUAUGCACACCGAUUUCUUUUGUUUGUUUAUUUGCUGUGUCAUGUGUUAUGUUUACCUAAUUUAGUGAUCAUUCCAGUGUUGCAUCAGGAUUUAAUGAUUUUUAGCAUUCCUAAGAAACAGGUUUUGAUGGAGGGACAACAGCAGCAGUCAGUCAUAGAUCUGGAGUCAAAAUCGAUACAGCUGUGUGUUCGCACUGUGCGUCAUUUAACAUUGUGUGUGCUCUUCAUCCUGGAAACACAUUAUCUGGUGAUAACUGGAAUACUGUUUACUUCUUGAACAUAGAUAUAUCUGAAGCCCCCCACCCACCCUUCCUCAGCAUCAGAUACUAUCCUCUUUUUUAUUUAUUGAAAACAAAAGCCUCAUGUGUGGUUGUACUGUUUAGUAUGGCCUUUGAAAACCACUAUUGACAAAUAUCCCUUGAAAUUGACAAAAGAAAUAGACUGAGUAGUAGAAAACUUACUGUCCUUGUUUGAUCACUAGUAUGUGAACAAUGCCUAAUGUCUUGUGUAACAAAUAAAAUGAAUUAAACUAUGAAUGAAAUGACAGAAAAAUAAAAAGCACAUGGCAAACCUGGAAAA